UCGUCUCUCGCCACCGUAACAACUGACGAAUCAGUGCGGUUCGGUGUGCCCUCCAGUCAACGAUAACUUACGCACUCGUUGUGUAUUCUUUCUCUAUUCUCCAUCUGUAUUUUUCCCCUUCUUUCACCUCAACAAUAUUUUUCGUGAGACAAAGACUUCGGGAUUUUUAAUGGAGAAGGGAAUGAUAAUAUCUGGAUUUUGUUAAAUUUAAAGGUGAGAGAAAACAACAGUAAGUGAUUGUGGGAACAUGUGGUUUAUUUAUUAUUAAUUAAAAUGGUGAAUUGAAGGAUAAUAAGGAGGGGAAAUAGUGUGGGAUGUGUUGCUCCGGUUACUGUUCACAUUGAACGUAAAUAUUUGGAGAAGUAACAUCAUCGUCGAUGUUGACGAGGCAGCAACUGAGUGACACUCGAUAUCGGCCGGUGAAUGCAAAGGUAGUUGUUCAUAUGGAAUGGCACCAGUUAUCAUUUUAUUCGUCAUCACUCUCACUACGGUCAUCAGUAGUGACCUAUGCCCAGCCAGCUGUCGCUGUGAGGACGAACAUUUGCGUGCAUCCUGUGUCUUCGCCAGUUUGGACGUUGUGCCGUAUCAGCUGAACCCUGAAAUUCACCAUCUGGAUCUGUCCAACAAUCGCAUUGCCUCCCUUCAACAUGAAGUUGGACUCUACAAUAAUCUCGUGAGCUUAGACUUAUCGUCAAACAUCAUCCAUACACUGGGCUACGAGAAUUUUCAAUGGUUAGAGAAUCUCAUCACACUAAAUGUCAGUAACAAUGCCGUCCGGAAUAUCACAAAAAAAUCCCUGAAGGGUUUAAUCUCACUGAGAAAUCUUGAUCUCAGUAACAACAACAUUACGGAUCUUGAGGAACAGUCAUUUCACUCUACCAAUAAACUCGAGUAUCUUAAUCUCAGUGGUAAUUCACUGAUGAGUUUGCCUGAAGGAUUAUUGAAUAAUCUUCCAUCAAUAAUCAUCCUUGAUUUAUCAAGAAAUUCACUUUUGGAAAUGCCAUCAAGUAAUCUCCUCUUAACUCCAACUUUAAUAAACCUAAAUUUGGCAAACAAUCUCAUCGAAACAAUUCCCCCUGACUCCCUGAGUACCCUAUCCUCCCUAAAACACCUAAAUCUCGCCAACAAUCUAAUAAAAAGCAUCGCCGAUAAUGCAUUUCAACGAUUGAAAAUUCUCACUUACCUCAACCUCGAAGAAAAUCGUUUAUCGGAAAUACCAACUCCAGCAUUAUCGAAUCUCAAUGUUUUAUCCAUUCUCAUCCUAUCCAAGAAUCGUUUAGUCGCAUUGGAAUCAUUGGCAUUUAGAAAAUUACUGGAGCUCCAAUAUUUGGAUCUUCGUGGCUGCCGAAUCAGGACAAUAGACGGACGUGCAUUUACCGACAAUGUGAAUCUAGAAACAAUUUAUCUAGAUGGUAAUCGUGAACUCGAGGAGUUACCCCCAAAAGUACUCUACGGAAGUUAUCAAAAUCUUCGUACUGUAUCACUCCGUCACUGCAGCCUGUCAACACUUCAACCAACACAAUUUCCACUUGAUCAUUUAACGACAUUCAGAGUUGGUGGUAAUCCUCUGGUCUGUAAUUGCUCUGUCCAGUGGUUGUGGAAUGUCAUUCACACAGAUGGACACAGAAAUGUGAGCCAUCUGAAUGUAGAUAGCAGUGAUAUUCUCUGCGCUGAUGAAGAAUUUUACAGUAAACCUUUGAUAGCACUGUCUGAAGGUGCUCUGAAAUGCCGAAUGAGCUCUUUAUACCUGAGUUUAUCCGCUGUUGGUUGUCUUGUUGCAACUGGAACAAUUCUCGGUCUCAUAGCAUACGUUACACGAGGCAAACGACAAAAACGUCCAUCCUACUCACCACCAAACAGACCCGAACUUCUUGUUUAUGUUGAGCCAAAUAAUGAUACAGCCAAGAAUCAGCCAAGACUCAUACCAAGAAAGGAGGAGGAUCUUUAUGAUAUACCUCAUGGCAAGACCAACGGAAUAGCUGAGGGCUUCUACGAGGCGCCAUAUUGCAAUCGCAACAACUCCAUUGAGGGUGUAUAUGCUGUUGCGGAUGUGACAGACCUCAGGGAUGCACCACCGGAAGAGCUUGGUCUCUAUCGUAUGCACAGCCCAAAACCAUCACGGACACGACGGUUACCCGUAUCCAAUGGCGAUUACAACUACGAUUAUGAGUAUCGACCAUCUCAGAAACCUCACGUAGUUUUCGUUUGAAUGGAUGAAAACCGCUUUACGUCCCUUUUGCGACUUGGUGUAUAAAACGUUAAUGUUUCGGCUUUUGUGUGACGGAGUUUAACAACUUCGUGAUGUGCUCGGUGCCUUAAAAGGGUUUCCCCUCCUCUCUCUCUCUCUCUCUGUAUAUCUUUCUCUCUUUCUCUCACACAUACAGACUUUGAAGAUUCUACGGUUAUUCUGUGAACAUCCCUUGUUUCCUCUUCGUGGGGUGGAAAUUCAAAGGUGACUUGAUGAAAAUAGGAGAGUCACUGUUUAGUCAGCUCUUUGCUCAUUAUGAUGAAUUAAUUGUCUUGUGGGGAACAAUAUCUGUACGAUUUUUUCUUCAACUUUUCAUUGAGGGAAAGAUAUUUUGGUCUGCAAAGUUUUUCAUUAAAAAAGCCAUUUAAUUAUAUAAUUAUUAAACUUUCUACUUUCGUAUGGAUUUCUCAGAUACUGGAAAACGUCUGAGUAAAAUAGAAAUUCAUCUGAAUUUCAAUUUGUGAUUGAACCUUCGACGAUUGUUCAUAUCAUUCAGAGUUAAUAUUUGUUUGACAAAAGGUGUACAAAAGGUGUGUGAAAAAUACAAAAAAUUUCUAAUUAUUUUCGCAAAUGUCAAUAGAACUAGUAAGUUAACAGGAAAAUGCCGGGAGCUUGGUGUUCAGAACUUAUAAAGUUCUGUAGAAAAACAGGUACUAAUGAAUUUCUCUAAAGCUUUUUCUUCUCAAGAUAGUUCUCAAAUGCUCUCUAUAAUCGAUUUACGGAGCACAAUGAACUCAAUAAAUUGCAUUCUUUGUGCUUUGGAAUGAAAUGGAAUUCAUUAGACUCGUAUCGUUGCUUCGGAAAAUAUUAAAAAUUCACCGAUAUCUAUUGUUCCAUUGUAAGAAAUGAACAUUGGAGAAUAGUAGUGAAAGGCUCUCGCAGACAAAAAUUAUUUCCCUCAAUUCAAGUUUAUUAGUUAUUAAUAUAAAAAAAAUACUUUUUGUACAUUCAUUCUUCCGUUAAGUGUCAUCUGAACACUUCAACAAAAUGUUAAACACAAAAAAAAAUUAAAGAAGAAUUGUCGAAUAAUUCUACGUGCCAAUCAGUGUAAUAUUACGUUACCAUAACGAAUUUAAUCAUUAAUGCGGGUAAACAAAUGGCAAAUGGAAGUUGUUCUUUGCAGAGCGAAAAUAUGGCAUUUGAACAUACAAAAAAAUAUCUAGAAAAAACCAUUGCAGAGCGAGCAAUAAGCGAUCAUAACUUUAAUUACGAUUUAAACAAUAAAAAUUUGUGAAUCAGUAGAGAUCAUUAGCGCAGAAAUAACUGUAUACGCAAUUUUGAAAUAAUGCAGAGUGAAACGUAUGUCUUCCGCAGAUGAACAUGAAGUCUUAAUUUUCCUACGUAAAUGAAAGAAGAAAAAAAUUCUCUUUUAAUUUGUGUGUGUAAAUAAAAUCAGCUAAAUUUGUCGGAGUGAAAUCAAAUUUUCCGUGAGAAAAUGCCGAGAAUUUGAUGGAAUAGUUAAUUGUGUCGGCAAAUCAAUGAAGAUGAGCGGAAGUAAACGAUGUAAUCAAUUUAAAAAACAAAUUAAUUGCUUUUAUUUGGUCCAACACUCCGGUCAUUGACACUUGAAAAAAAAAAGAAUAAAUGAAAAUAAGGGAAAUGUAACAAAUGGAAAAGCGUGAAAGUGAUUGGUCGAUUAAAAUCCUUCGUCCGGCAAUUGCAGAGUUAACUUUUUAGCCAUCCUCCCUGUCUACCCCAACCCCUAGCCGAUCCCUCGAAAAAAAGAAAUAAAUAAAGAAGGAGAUAAAAUGUAUAGAUAUAUUUGCGUGAAAGGAGCGUGAAAAUCCGUAACAUCGGAGUGAGCGGACAAACGACCCGUAACCUAUUCUCCGGAAGUAAAGCUCUCAGGAUACGAAACAGAGCGAAACAACACUGGGGAAUGAGGGAGGAACCUGUACCUUCAUCUACGUUCCCUUCUAACGAAUCGAUGCACAAACGUUAACAUAAAUGUCCAAUUUUCUCCAUGAGGUUGCAAUGAAAAGCAAUAAUAUUUUUUUUUUCGGUCGUUAUGUUACGUUGUUUCGGUCUUGUUAGGGUAUGCGAUGAUGACCUUGAAUGGGUAGAUCACAGCAUUGGAUCCGGUCGAAUUUUUGCACUGGAGACCUCGCAUGGUUGAGAAUUAAUUCACCCACUGCGCCAAGUCACCGGAAUAGCAAUAAUAAUGCUGAUUAAAAUUAGCUGUAAAUUUGCAAAAAUUGUAGAAGUGAGGGUGAUUAUUGAUUGGUUGUUGAUUCGUGAGAAAGGGAUGGAUUGAGGUAUUACUAAUAUCUCCGAGUAGAACAGCUCUACCGAAAAAUUCAACUGAAUUUUAUACGGCAAUGGUUUGUACCGCGAUAAUUAUAAAACGUUAAUCAGUGGGUCCAUGCCCCAUUGACCGUAAUUGAAUCGUUUUGUGAUUUGAUGAAGAAUUUUGGUAAUGACAUUGUUUCCCGAGAUAUUUGUUAAUUUGUGUGAAAUUCCAUGCGAAAUGAGCCCGUCAUUGACUUUUAUUCUCUUGAAAAAUUAUUUCAAUGUUUUUAAUGCUUCUAAUGUUUGAAUCUUGAUUUUUUUGUACUUUGAGACCAAAAUUGAAUAGAAAUUCAAUGAGUUACGAAGAAGCAAAAAAUACGAACGGAAAAUUUUGGAAAAAAUUGAAAUGUUUAUUUUGUAGCUCGUUAAUUGUAAAAAGACAUCAAGACGACUUUCUAAGAGGAUGAGGGCCAAUUGUCCUCUCAUUAACCACAGAAAUCUCCCGUAUCUUUCCAUCCCUCUCUCACAAAAUUAGAAUCAUUGAUAACUCUGAUAUAAUUGUAAUUAUAUAAAUAAUACAAUAAGCAUAGAUAUAUCGAUAUAUUUAUUUAUUAAUUUAUCAUGUUAUGUUUGGAAUAAUGUUACGUUUUUGAAACUAUUGAAAUGAUAAUACUGAAUCAAAUUGAAAUGAAAAAAAACUAAUUGUAUAAAUGUAAAACAAUUUCUUUUUAUUUCUGUAAUCUAAACAGAAUUGAAAUGGCACUGUCCCAAUUUGAGGGCAUUCGACUCAAUCAAUUUUAUUCACUCACCGCCUUGAAUCACCACUGUUGGAGAGAGUGGGGUUUAGCUGUAUGAAUAAAAAAUUGGCAGUAUAAGGGUGCGUAAUAAUAGAAUUCACGAUGGAUUGAAAUCGGGGUCGAGUAUACCUUCUAUGCAGUCUUUUUUGUAUGAAAAAAUGUCAGUCUCUGAAUUGUAGAUCCCGUCAUUCUUUCCCAGCUGACAUCCGUUACUCAAUUUAGCCUGUAAAAUGUGGAAAAAAAAAUACAUUGUGAAAGAUUAAUUCCCAGAGGUGAUGACACUAGUGUCUCAACUAAUGCUUUUCGAUACUCGAACAAGCACUUGUAUGUUCUCAAAACAUGUAUAAAAAAAUUAAUGAUAUUAUAGUUUACGAGUUGAAAAAAACAGGAACAUGAAAUCAAAGCUUCGUCAGUAAUGGUCCAUUUAUAACUGAAACCCCCCCUCUGGACCCCAACCCAUUCCACCACCAAUGAUGAGUCCUAUUUUUGUUUGUGAAUCUCUGUCACAUUUUUCUCCCCCUCAGCCAUUUCCUCUGUAUUCCUCGGAGGCCCACACGUGUUCUCACGCGUUACAACUGUACAAAAAAAAGAAAAGUGUCCCACAGGUCGAUACGCCCUGUAUUCGUGUCUAUCUGCCAGUCUGACUGUCUCGUGCCGUCUCUUUUUUGAACUUGAUACAACCCUCACCCCUCAGCCCCCGCCUCCCUAACUCGUCUGUGCGUCGUUUUUUUGUUCGUGGUCUGCACACUUUUUUCGCUUUCUUUUUUCCCCCUUUUUUACGCCUCUCCUCGUUAUCGAAGUUUGUUAGCUGUUUGACAAUGGUCAUCAGUCGUUUUAGAUAUUUUUUUGUUGUUGGACGGACCACUUUUCUUCAUCAUGUCACUAGAGUUUGGGACCAACUGUCCACGCAAUUUUUUUCCUUUGGGGCAAUUUUAAAGUUCAAGUGGAUGGCAAAAUUGAUGGGAUAAUUAUGAAAUUAAAUAAUUUUCUGUUUUUGUUAACUGUGUAGCCAAAUUUGAGAUCAGGAGAUCGAAAUAUUUCAAGUAAACUUACGAUUUUGUUGGAGAUCUCCACGAAAAUCGGAAUUUCCAAUGUCAAAAUAUAGAUAUCCGCAAUAAAUACUUAACAGUAUAUGUCGUACUAUAAAAAUUGAGUAUUUGAUGACUCGAAUUAUUUUUCCAGAGAGAAUUUUUCUUGCGAAAGAGUUAUUUCUCGCUGAGUUCCCCAGGUGCAUCCAGUUGUGCUUGAAAAAUAAUUUAAAAACUAAUAAAAAAUUAGUUUGUCAUUUUUUAAUGCUUCUGGCACAUGCUAUCGAAGUUUGUUAGCUAUUUGUUUGACAACGGUCAUUAGUUUUUUUUUUCAAUUAUUUUUUUGCCGUCCAACUGACCGGUUUUCUUCAUUAUGUCAUUCCACUGUGGGACCAACAGUCCGCGCCUUUUUCUGAUUUUUUUUUCAACUUAAAAUUUUAAUUGAAUGGAAACCUUUUUCCAAGGAAAAAAAAGUUUGCUGUUUUUUUUCUGCUGAAUCACUAAAACUUGUUAAUUAAUUCAGUAGCAGUGAAAAAUGCUGGCGGGAGAGUCGAUUCAAUAAUCGUCGUUGAUUACGUUACUUUUCAAUUUCGCGGUAAAGUUGAUCAGCCCCAGCUCCCCCACCCAUUAACACCAACCCCCGGGAACCAAUGAUAUAUAAUCGAUUUUUUUUUCUUGUUUUCCUUCUACCAAUUAUGAGUGAGAAUUUACUUUGUGAAAAUGGUAGAAAUAAUGAAACAAUGCAUUGUUUAUCAAUUUUGUUAAUAUGUAAAUUUACUUAUGAUGACAAGUGAAAAUAACAACGAGUGGAUAAUUUUCAAAUUCCUAAAAUUAACUAGUUAAUAAUGAAAUUAAGUCAACAAUAAAACUUAAUUAUGUAAUGGCUGGACUCGUGCGUAAGAUAUAAUAAAUAACAUUUCUUACAAUUGCUGACAAAAUGGUUUUGAACUUGUAAUAAAAUUAUAUUAUAUAUUAAAUUAUCUCUUUCUUA